UUCUUCUUCUUCUUCUUCCUCUCUCUUUCUCUCUCUCUCUCGCGUCAAAGAACACCCUCUUAAAGUUUAAGAGUCUCAGAAAAAAAAAAGUCCACUUGGUGAUCCUUAUCUUAAGCCCGAAGAGAGAUGGUUUAUGUUGCUUCUCUGGUUGAGAAUCAGAUGGUCAGGAACAACUUGCCUCUCUUGCUUCCUUAAUCACCUACAGAAUCUCAAAGUUGCCCUUAUCCGUACUCAGUACAAACCCUAACAGCCUCCUCCGUUUCUUUGUUCAUCGUCGUCGUCAUCUUCUUCUUCUUUCCCCCUUCUUCGUCUUCUUCUUCUUCGUCUUCCCCUCUUGUUCAGAUUCAGCUCUUUGACAUAUUUGAAGCAGACCCAACUGGAAAAAAAGGGGGGAAAUUUUUUUAGAGAAAACAGAAAGAAAGAUAGACCGAAGUUUGGGAAAAGAGGGUAUCAUGCAAACCAAGCAAUUGUACGGCAGCAAUCGGAGAUUCAGCGAUGCCCUUUUCGCUGCACCGAAAGGCGAGGGCGCGAUGGAGGCGGAGCAGGUCGUCAUGAACAGCGGAGAUCCCAGGAGAGAGAUGUGGCUGGAGAAGCGAGAAGAGGAAGAGGAGAAUUUGCUCAACGUGAACGAGGCGGCCUCGGUCUUCUACGCCGAUUUCCCUCUCCCGGACUUCCCGUGCAUGUCGUCAUCGUCGUCUUCCUCCUCCACCCGCGCCCCUGUCAAGGCAACAACAUGCUCAUCGUCCUCCUCCUCUUCGGCUUCCUCGUCGUCCUCGGCGGCCUCCUGGGCAGUCUUGAAGUCCGAGGACACCGCCACAGACAACAUGGGAAAUAGGACUAAUAGUCGCAGGAGCAACGAUUAUAACGACAAUGGCAACCGUAUUUUUCAACAUGCAGGAGAAGCGGAUGCCCCGCCUCGGGCUUUGUCCUCCACAGCGUCGAUGGAGAUAAUCCUCGAGCCGCAGCCUGUGGAUCUGGCCUCCACAGAUGCAGUUGGCUCAUGCAUUGAUGAGAUGGACACUUUUGGGUACAUGGACUUGCUCGAGAGCAAUGACUUCUUCGACCCGGCAUCGAUAUUUCAGAGUGAAAACCUGCUGGAGGAGGAUUUCGGAAACCAAGUGCCUGAAGCCAAGCUGGCGGAGCAACAAAACCAGACACAAGCAACCGUGGCUGAGGUGGGCAGUGGGAAUCGAACUGGCUCGGUCUCGGAGGAGUUGGGGGCGGUGUUGUUCGAGUGGCUGACGGAGAACAAAGACGACAUUUCACCUGAUGAUUUGAGGAGGAUCAAGAUCAAGAAAGCCACAGUGGAGAAUGCGGCAAAGCGUUUGGGCGGUGGGAGAGAAGCUAUGAAGCAGCUGCUCAAGCUCAUACUUCAGUGGGUCAAAACCAACCUCCAGAAGAAGCGCUUGAAAGAAUCAGCCUCAGUCUCAGCCUCUCAAACACCCUACCAAUACCAAGAACCGUUUCCCCACCACCAAAACCCUAACCCUAACUUGAGCUUUCCUCCAGAGCCCAACGGCCUCCACCCCCAAAGUUUCCCCCUCCAGGCACAAUGGAUGGGACCGCUGCCACCGCCUUAUGUUGCGUGUCCCGCCCCGAUGAUGGAAGUGCCGCCGCCUCCGCCUGGUUACGGCCCGGCACCUGGUUAUAUGGGCGAUCCUAUGUAUUCUCAUGGAGCUCCUCCUGAUCAUUUAAGUGGAAACCCUUUUCCGCCUGAAUACCAAAUGAUCAACUCGGCGCAGUCGUGGCCAGUGUCACAGUUCUCGAUGGCCUCACAGCCCUAUGAUUACCUGGAGAAUUUUCAGCCUCCUCCACAGGCGCAGGGUUUAAGGGGUUACCAGCAUCAUCAGUACCCGUUUCAGUACUAUAAUGGGCAUGGCCAGAGGGUGGUAAGAUUAGGGUCCUCCGCGACGAAAGAGGCGAGGAAGAAGAGGAUGGCAAGGCAGCGGCGAUUCCUGUCCCACCACCGGAGCAGCCACCAUCACCACCAGAGCAACCACCAGGGCAAUCACCAGAGCAUGGCGGUGGCAGCGGAGCAACAUCCAAGGCUAGCGGGGGAGACCUGCGCCAUUCCAGAAGCUGCUCAUCAAGCUCAUAACCACCUGGGAAGCUGGGUGUAUUGGCCGUCCCCAGCUAAUGCUGGGCCGGUGGCCGCGCCACCACCCCUUCUUGCAGCGGAUCCGGUGCAGGAGGCUCGCCCUCAGAAUUAUCAGCGGCAGGUGGCGCCAGAGAGGCGGCAGGGUUGGAAGCCAGAGAACAAUCUGAAGUUUCUUCUUCAGAAAGUGUUGAAACAGAGCGAUGUCGGGAAUCUAGGCCGGAUUGUUUUGCCAAAGAAAGAAGCUGAAACCCACCUGCCGGAGCUGGAGGCGAGGGACGGGAUCUCCAUAGCCAUGGAAGACAUUGGGACCUCCAAAAUCUGGAACAUGCGUUACAGAUUCUGGCCAAACAACAAAAGCAGGAUGUAUCUCCUCGAGAACACUGGAGAUUUCGUGCGAGCAAAUGGGCUGGAGGAAGGGGACUUCAUAGUCAUCUAUUCGGACGUCAAAUGUGGCAAAUACCUGAUACGAGGAGUGAAGGUCCGGCAACCCGAGGGGACAAAGCUGGAGGCCCACAAGAGGCCCGAGAAGCCGCAGAGAAACGCCCAUGCCAGCUCUUCGCAGAAGAAGUAGGGUUUUAACCAAAAACCAGAGUUUUAUAUAAUAUAUAUUAUUUAUAUGUAAGUAAUUAAGAAGAAAGAAGACCAAAAA